AUCAUCUGAUUUGACAACAACUGGAAACUUUGAUCAAUCUCAAGAAGGAAGUGAAAUCGGAACGACAAUUUUUACAAGUGAAUCUGUAGAAUCUACGAUUGACUCGACUAAAGUUGUUGAAUCCUCACCGGCCUCUACUUCUUGGGCUUCGAUGACUUUCAUGACGACUUUUGAAACUUCUUCAUCCUCAACAUCAACCACAACAUCAACAACUUCAACCACAACAUCAACAACUUCAACCACAACUACUGAAGUCUCCACGACUACUCAAACAACCACAACAAUUCCUCCAGGCGUAAAAGCCCUCUACAGCUGUGAAAAUAUGUUGUGCGAAAAAAACGUGUCGCUGCUUUCACCCGACAGUGGCGUCGUCGCAGAUCGCCUGGGAGACGAAUUGGAAAAGGUGUUGCAGCCUCGGAAUGGUUCCUAUCGCGAUUGAAUCUGCCGAGAAACUCGCGUGCCUAAAUAAAUUAGUCGCGAGUUGGGAUUACCCGGCCAACUACUGGACGUCCGGCCGGCGACUGUGGCCCAACGACAUUUUCCAGUUCUGUCUGCCAAAACCCCUCUCGACCGUGAGUUCCUCUUGGGCCUCAGGUCAGCCGGACAACGUCAACAAAAGCGAGGAUUGCGUCCAUUUGUACGUCAACAAGACCAGCUCAUCCAUGCAAUUGAGUGACAAAAAUUGCAACAAUUCCUACAUUUUCGCGUGCCAGGGAGCUCCAACGCCGGCGCCUCCUUGUUCUGCCCCAAAACGCGCCGCAUUUGAUUGCUUGAAAGACACUUCUCGCUUCUCUCUCUUGGCAGAUUAUCAAACGCAGUAUCUGACGAACCCAGCAGCAUACGGCCUGUGGUUCACCGUCAACGAGAGGACGUACUUGUUCAGCACUUCGGCCGAGUCUUGGUUGGUGGCGAGCAAAGAGUGUUGCAAACUGGGAAUGACGUUGUUGAGCAUCGAAAACGACUUCGAGAACGCCAAUCUGCAGGCGGCCGUCAAUUCGAACAAAUCGAUUCCGGGCGGCGCCUACUGGACUUCCGCUUCGGACGAAGGUUGCGAGAGGUCGUUCGGCUGGUGUUCGGUCAAUCAAUUGCUUUUCAAAGCUGUUUGGGCGCAAAACAAGCCGGACGAUCGCGCCGCAAAGAAAAACUGCGCCAUCGUCCUCGUGGACACGGAAAGGGCCGAGCUGCACGACCAAGACUGCUCCACUUCCUUCAAAUACAUUUGCGAGGCUCGAGACACUUCAAAAUCAACAACUUCGGGCAACGCCAUCAAAAACGAGUGCGCCGCCGUUUACAACGUGUCCGACGUGGAGAUGGCAGGAAUUUUCAACUACACCAAACUCGACACUCGAAUCAAGUGCUUCAUCAAGUGCGCCGGGCAAAACGGAGGAUUUAUGGUGAAUGGAAAGUUGGUGACCGAAGGACUGAUAAAAAUGGCCGAAAUGACGUCCACGAAUGACGCCAAUCUGCAGCAAAACCUGAUCGCCGUGGACGAGUGCGCCGAGUUAAAGGGCAAGGACGAGUGCGACACGGCGGCCCUGGUGUACCAGUGCGGCCAGCAAAAGGCCCCAAAUCUUGUCGCCAACGUGAUCGCAGCGGUCGAAUUAAACGCGUCGGCCGAGGACGUGCCGUUGCGACCGACGGAAGCGAGGUGCCCGUCGGGAUACCCGUGCGUGAUUGACCCGGACAAACGACUCGCUUUUCAACAAAACAUACCGUUGCCCUCGACUGUGUACUACAGAAAUGCGUGCGGCGGAAAAACUUACGUUAGGAUUAACGGCAUGUUCUCGUUUGAAAAUGCGGCGAGCGCGUGUUGCCAAUUUGGUCUUCGGCUCGCUUCAAUCGAAACGAUCGACGAGUUCAAUUGUCUCAACGGCGUGUUCACUGGAGAUGUGCCGCUGUGGACGUCCGGCAGCAGUUUGGCCAACGUGAACGCGCCAAAGUGGUGCAGCACCGAGUCGCCCGUCAACGUUUCGGCCUUCAAGUGGAAUUUGGCUUCGGGCGGCUCGUUGUCCUUAAAACCCAACCUGUAUUUAAUCCACUUAUUCAUCGCCGCCAAUCCAGCUGAUUCUCAACUAAAAAAUGUGGGCAUUUCAGCGCCGGGUUUUGUUCUCUGCGAGGACUAAAUUUAAAAUCGCCAAAAUUGAAUGAAAAAUAAAACCUAAAAACAUUUCUUUUGGAAAUAAAUUUGUAUCAAAAUAUUUUUGGAUUAAAACGAUUGAGUUGAGAAAUUUUAAAUAUGUAUAUUCUUGUACCUCCAUAUUUGUGUGGCAACUGUAUUUUUUUUUAAGUACUGUUUUUAACCAUUCAAAGGGUAAUUAACAUCAAAUUAAGAAAUUUUUAAAAUGCACUAUUCGUCUAGGUUUUCCGGUUUCUCACAGAUGUUUUUUCACUUAUUUCUUGAUUUAUAUAGUAACUUUUACAACACAGUUUAAAAUUUGCAAUUAAUCGAAAGAUCAGAUAUUUAUUUUUGUAACUUUUAUAAGGUGAAUAUUUUGUUAGGUUUUUUGUGCAUAACGAAGAUGAAGUUGUUUGUUUGCUCCACAUAUUUUUGCGGAGGCAAAGGGCAGUGAUAAAGGACCGGGAUAAAAGACGCGAUUGCCGAUCAAGAGUGACACACAAGAGGAAAGUCUCAUGACCAUGGCCCGUUUCUUUUCCUUGCUCGUUUUGCUCGUCGCCGCCGCCCUGGCCAGCGAAUCUCCACCCAAGACUCCAGAACAGCAAGUUUUGAAAAUUGUCAACGAGACAAACGAAAAGCUGAACCGGCUGACGAAACUCGUCCACGAUCAG